AUGAAUCCAAUUACACAGACCAAAAACCAAAAUGCUAUGAAUGAACGUGAGCUCCGGCUCGGCUAUACGGGAACAGAAAGCAGUUGGCACAGGCAAUACAAGGAUUCUGCCUGGAUUUUUAUCGGUGGUCUGGACUAUGAUCUAACGGAAGGUGAUAUUAUUUGUGUAUUCUCCCAGUAUGGUGAAGUCGCCAAUAUUAAUCUCGUUAGAGAUAAGGACACUGGACGAUCUAAGGGUUUUGCUUUUGUCUGUUAUGAAAAUCAGAAAAGCACAAUUUUAGCUACAGACAACCUAAAUGGGAUUAAAAUUGCCGGUCGCAUUAUUCGGGUUGACCAUGUUGAGAAGUACAAAGUGCCUACGGUUGGUUUAACUCGUGUUGGUCGGCAGGAUGAUAGUCAAAUGCCAAAGCGUAUUGGGAAUGGAGAAUUUACUUCCGUGCGCGAUUACGUUCGCGAAAAUGGUUGCGGUCCUGAGGCAAUGAAAAAGCUCAUGGCUCUCCAGAAGUCCUCAAAGUCUUCGGAACUUCAAUCGUCUUCUGGACACUCGAGGUCUCCCAUAAGAAUAAAAAGAUCCCCAAUGGACUCUUUAAGAUCACGUGCCAGGUCACCGCCUGUUCGUUCAAGGAGCCCUGAGCUUAGACGGUCCCCCGUGAUGCCUUCCAUUUCAAAAAGCUGCCAACCAGUAGACUGCAGUAGAUCUCCAUCUGUUUCACCUCCACGUCACGCACCAUGUCGUUCUCCUCCAAGAAAUUCCAGACGUCAACGGGAUAUUUCUCCUCCACGACGUCGAAGAGCCUAUCGAGAUGUUGUUUCCCCUUCACGAUUCAGUUCUCAUUCAAGGUAUUCAAGAGGUGGUCGCUCUAACAGUCAUUCCCGUCAUUCUAGAGAUUACAGACGUUAA